ACAUCCCCCAAGAUCUGAGCAUCGUGUUGCAAACCUCAUCGUCAAGAUGGAGGACAUGAGUGAGCUCGAUCGGCUAGAAUCUGGGCUGCACGAGCUCGAACCGAUCCCGACCGAGGACCUGGCCAACGAUGCCAACGAGAAACCAGCAGCAGCACCACAAAGAUCGACAACAGGCGUCGGGCUUUCACAGCAUUCUGCAAUAUGGUACCUAGCAAGAGUACAGAAAUACUCCACAUACGUCUUCUCCGCCUUCGCGACGAUGCACAUCACGAACACCUCCAUAAUACCUCUCAUCACCCAGAGCGUUCCAGCCAGCGAACCAUAUCUCCUCCUUACCAGACCUUAUUAUCAAGGAGCUCUUGAGCCCAUCAUGGUAGCUCUCCCAUUAUGGGGCCACAUCCUCUCAGGCGUUGCAAUUCGAGUGCUGCGACGUAACCAGAAUGCGAAGAGAUAUGGCGAGGCGCACAGCAGAGAGAAUAAAGCAAGCUUCUUCACGAAGUUCUGGCCAAAAGCUUCGGGAACCAGUAAGCUAGGAUAUGCAUUCAUCCCAUUGGUAUUUGGACACAUGGUCAUAAACCGCGCGAUACCGAAGUCAUAUCCUGGUGGAAGUAGUAAUGUCAAUCUCGACUAUGUCAGUCAUGCAUUUGCCCGACACCCUGCACUAUCUUUCGCUGGAUUUACCGCAUUGCUUACAGUGGGCUGUUGGCACGUCGCUUGGGGCUGGGCGAAGUGGCUUGGAUGGACGCCAGAUCAGAGCACGCAGAUAGGUACGAAGAGGGAGCUAAGCAAGAAGAGGAGGUGGUAUAUUAUAAAUGGCAUCGCCGCAGCGGCAACUGGUCUUUGGAUGGCUGGCUCUUUUGGAGUUAUCGCAAGAGGUGGCGAGGCUCUAGGCUGGGUAGGCAGGCAAUAUGAUGAGAUGUAUACAUCGAUACCUAUCGUUAGAAGGUGGAUGUAAAACCAAGGUUCAGUAUGCAUUAGGUUGGCGUCGAACAGGAACCAAGAACAGAGAUACCCUUCUUAUUUACGAGCAAUCAAAGGAGCUUAAAAUCUCCG